AGCUCGGUUGCUUUCGGAGCCACCGAUCCGCUAACAAUCCCCGGUCCCACUUCGGAGGGCCCCCAGGAAACCGACUGACCACGUUGUCUUGGAAAGCCUAUGGAAAGAUGGCGAGUGUCACCCACAUCUCCAAGAAAGCAAAAGAUGCCAUCGCCAAGGUUGAUAGCCACCAGGAAAGCAAAGCAAAAGCGGACACUGAUGUCGAAAUAGAAAAGAAAAGUAAAAAGGGAAAGAAAAGAAAGAAGACUCCAGCUGAAGAAGAGGAUACACUCGAUGAGGAUACCAUAAACAUUAGAGAUGUUUUGGAUCCUGAGAACGAGGUUGACGUCCCAAAGUCAAAGAAGCGAAAAACUGACAAUAAAUCCCAAGAACCUGUUGAGACGAAAGUCAUGAAGUACCCUGUGUCGUCUCCUUAUCGACCUGUGAAACAAAAUGAUUGGUUGUACCAUAUUGCUGGUGUUACAAUAUCCAGCUGCUUGAAGAAGGCAAUGGACAGCUCGUUGGAUCCAAGAUUUGAAGAUGAAGGUUUGAUAAAAUGGAGGGAAUGGUCUGAGGAUCUUUUUAGUGAGAGUGACUUGAAAAAGAUUUGGUGGUACAUAAGAAAACAGUAUCCGAGUGAAAGUCUUGAAGAUGUGAUGAAGGGAUUGUCAGGUUUAUCUGCAACCAGUGUUGAAAAACUUGAGGAAGAAGCAACAAAGAAAAAGUAUAAACAUUUAGCCCCCAAACAGCCUCUCUCCCCAUACAUGGUUUUCUAUCAUCGAAAAAAUCAGAAGUUUCUCAAGAAGCACCCGAAGACGUCGCAGCCUGAUAUUGCAAGAAAAAUGGGGGAGGUUUGGCGACAGAUGACCGCAGACGAGAAAAAGAAAUAUCAAGACAUCUCGAGACAAAAGAGGGAGGCAUAUAAGAAAGAACUGGAGAAGUUUUAUGCUAAAUAUCCAGAAGCAGCUCCCAAGAAGUCAAAAAUGAAGAAAAGCACUACAGUAUCUGCUUCUCAUAUAGUUUCACUAGUAGUGGCCAAAAACGCUGAAGCACUUAAGAAAGAGCUGCCCAAGGCUCCAUUGUCCCCUUAUAUUCAUUUCUGUAUGGAAAUGAGACCAAAGUAUCACAAAAUCUACAGUCACUUGCAAUCAGUCGAGAUCACAAGGAAACUUGGAGCAAAAUGGUCGUCUAUGACACCAAAAGAGAAGGAGAAAUACGUUGCUAUGAAGGAGAAGGAGAGAGAGUCAUAUGACGAAAAAAUGAAAGAAUUCUAUGCCAUCAAUCCAAAAAUUGAAUCGCUAGUAAAGCCCAAAAAAUCUACUAAGAAAAAGAAGUCAAAAGCGAAGUCAGAGGAAAUAGUAGAGGAGGAGGAGGAAAAGAAAGAAAAGAAGAGAGAGGAGGUAGAGGAAGAUAAGGAUGACCAUGAAACUAGUGAUGAUGAUGGCAAAGGACCCACAAUGGCCUCACCAGUUUUAACAGCAUUUAAAGACAAUGAUGAAAUUUUUUGGCAAAUACCUUCUUCUCUUCAGACAGACAAACAAUUUUUGGAGGAGCUUUCACGGCUCCCUAUAAUAUUAUACCAUAUAAGAUGAUUUAUUGGCAAGGAAAUAAUAUUGGUGAUCGGCGGUUCUAUGAAGAAGUUGCCAAUAUAAAAUCUGCGCAUGCUCAAAGGUAUGUGGCACAAAAUUUCCAGUAUAAAAUCCACCAAAUGCACCAAUUAACUUCCACAGGCA